CUCCCAGAUCCACUGAAUUAGGCAGCUUUGCUGAAGGCAAGCGUCCUUUAUCAGGCUCGCACAGCCUUCUGCUCUCCUGCAAUGCCUUCAGCCCCUGACACCAACAUGAGGUUCAAGUUCUCCCUCCUGGCCCUUCUUCUGGAAGUGAUCAUCAUUGUAUUAUUUGGGAUAUUUGUGGAAUAUGACAUCACUAAUGACUCCAUAGACUCAUACCCACUCUUUCAGGAUGUCCAUGUGAUGAUAUUCAUUGGAAUCGGUUUCCUGAUGACCUUUCUGAAGAAAUAUGGAUUCAGCAGUGUUGGUAUGAACAUGCUCAUUGCUGCCUUCGGUCUCCAGUGGGGAACCCUGAUGCAAGGAUUUUGGCACAUGCAAGAAGGGAAAAUUCGCAUUCAUAUUGAAAGCAUGAUAAAUGCAGACUUCAGUACAGUAACUGCUUUAAUUUCCUUUGGAGCAGUCCUGGGGAAAACAAGUCCUGUUCAGAUGCUGAUCUUGACAGUUCUGGAGAUCACAAUCUUUGCCUGCAACGAACAUCUAGUUCUAGAAAUAUUUCAGGCCACAGAUCUUGGAGCCUCAAUGACCAUCCAUGCGUUUGGAGCUUAUUUUGGUUUGGCCGUAACGCUUGUCUUGUAUCGUCCUGGUUUGAAAAACAAACAUGAAAACGAAGAAUCGACCUACCAUUCAGACCUCUUUGCCAUGGUUGGUACCCUGAUCCUUUGGGUCUUCUGGCCCAGUUUCAACUCUGCCAUCGCACCUGCAGCACCUGAACAGAUUAAAGCAGCUGCCAACACUUACUAUUCCUUGGCUGCGUGUACUGUCGUAACGUUUGCCCUCUCCAGUUUGGUGGAUCAAAGAGGCAAAUUCAGUAUGGUUCUCAUUCAAAAUGCCACCCUGGCAGGAGGAGUAGCAGUGGGCACCUGCGCUGGUAUGCCGAUCCAGCCUCUCACUGCCACGUGCAUCGGGAGCAUUGCUGGAGUCAUCUCUGUCCUUGGGUACCACUUCCUGACUCCUUUGUUGGCAUCCAAGCUGAACAUUCAAGACACUUGUGGAGUUCAUAAUUUACAUGGUUUACCUGGAAUACUGGGAGGUAUUGCUGGCAUCGUAGUAACUGCAGUAAAUGAGGAAGCUCGGCGAGGUGGCCAAUACUCUCCUGGCAGGCAGGCUGCUGCCCUGGGCACUUCAGUUGGAAUUGCACUGGCGGGGGGAGCACUGACAGGUGCUAUUCUAAAGUUGCCCUUCUUGGGACAGGCAUCUGACCACAACUGUUUUGAUGACUCUGUUUAUUGGGAGGUUCCAGAAGAGGAGAAACAGCCUGAAAGUCACUCCAACAACUACGAUGAGCACAGCAGAUUUGAAGCCACCAUGUAGAAAAAUAAUUCAUCACUAGCACCUGUCCUAAUUAUACUCUUUUCAGUUUCUAAUGCUAAAAAACAACACCUGUAUAUUAUCCUAACCACACCAGGGUUUCAAGAAGGGGCUGUAGAUACCUAUACCUUUGUAAUAUAAAAAAAAGCUUGAUUUUAGAAUACAUAGUCAUUUUGCCAAGCUCUGGUGAAACAAUUAGAUCCUUUCAGUACAUUCGUUUAUCUCAAAUAAGAAGAGAGAAAAAGAGAAGCCACCACAAACUGCUCUAUAAAGUUACUUGUAUUUUAGCUUUUAGCGUCACUGAGUCAAUACAGCCAUGGAAACAACCUUUGUGUCUCAAGCCUGUCCAGGAUAUCACAUUUAACCACAAGAUUCCCAAGUUACAGUCACAUCCUUCAACCGUGUAGGGGUAAUCAAGAAGGUGGCAGUGAAGAAAUGGAUUGAUAUUUUUUUAAUCUGGAUACUAACAAGCUUUUCACCAGAACAUCCCAGUUUAAGUUUUUAAGAAAAUGUUUGGGAAGGAGGAGAAAACGUGCUGUGAUUUGAAAGCUAGUUGUGAUGGGCAACAAAGCGUUAAAAUCAUUUUCAUCGCAAAGCACAGAAUAUAGUGAUUGAUGAGGUAUAAUAAGUGGCAAUGGAGUAUCAAAAUUCUUUGUUAAUAUGCUUAUUGAAAGAGAGAGGGAAGUAAAAUGGUAAAAAAUGUCAUUAUUGGUACAGAUUAUUUAGACUGUUUCAAGGACACAACAAGAUAACUGAGGGGGAGCUAUGAAAAACAGGUAACUACACAAUACGUCUUACCAAGUCCACCAGUAAUAAGUGGCUGGUAGCACCACUAAUGUCGAUAGAUCUAAACCAAACCAAAUGCUACCUCCAAGAAAAAGGGAGAGUUUUUAGGACUGGCUGGGAAGCAACUAUGUUCAACCCACAGAAGACUCAAUGGAGUCCCUCUCCAUGUGGUGAGUCACCACCUUUGAUGCCACCGCCUCCUAAAACCAAACAAAGCAGAAAGAAGAGAACUGAAGAUAAACUGAGGUCAACGAACUCCACCUCAGAAGUGUUGGUAAUGGCUGCUCAAUUAAGAGAGACAAAAAUUGAAGUAUCUGAAGGAACUCUAUGAGAUGACAGCUGGGAGUAGUGUCACGCAUCUGUGCUUACCUACAUGGGAUAAUCCAUGGAGAGCCAAUGGAUGGGAGAAAGAAAUCUACCAGAAGGAUUACAGUGCCUCUGGGCAUUAUUCGGACAUAGAAAGCUGUCACUAACAUCUCAGAAGGACAAGCUACGGUAGAUGAACUUUCAGACUUCUUAUACUGGCAUCUUAUUUCAAGCCUUAUCAGAUUUAAGGGAAAAACUCCUCUCAGGUAAAACACCACAGGUGUUUCUGUUUCUGCUGAUGUAUUUUCCCUUGGAAAACAUUAGACGGGCACUAGACAGGGCUGUCCCAUGCGGAAUGUCAGCUGUGUGCUGCCAGGUAGCUCACAUUUCUAUCUACAAAUGAAAAUACAUUUGUCAGAACAUACAUUAUUACAGAUAUGCUUUUUUUUCAGCUGUGCAAGAAGUGACUCUUUUCUACCUUGCUGGCUAGAAGAAAUCUUUUAGCCUUUCAAAGCUUUCAUACAUUCAUAUUUGUAAAAAAAAAAAAGAGAAAAAAGUCAUUCCUGGGAGAAAUCUUCGUAGUUUUUCAUAUUUUCCAAAUUAGGAGCAUUCUGGAGGUUAGGUCAGCCAUCCCUUAUCAGAUAUUUUCCGCAUCCAGUCCUAAUCAGAAAGCAGAUCACUUUACCUGCAAGGAUCAAACUGACAGAAGCCAUCAGGACUGGUGAUUUUCUAAGUGAAAACUUCAAAAUGAAUGCUUCUACUGCUGUGUCUCUUUUUUUAUAUUUCUUAUUUUUUUGAAAGAGAUUAAAUAGUGAAAGAUCAGAUUUUAAUUAAAUGAAACAAAGGAGUGAACUUUUUAUCUUACUAUUAUUUCCUUAUAUUAGCAUUUAUUUCCUAGUUAAACUAACCAAAGAUCAAGCUUAUUGGCACUUAUUCCUUUUCCAUAGCAGCAGAAAAUGGUCAUAACUUUGAUUGUUUUACAGAUAUUCAGUCCUUUCUCUUUCAGAGAAAUAUCUUUGUAUUUCAUUACUGAAAGGUAAAUUUAUUUUAAAGCCAUCUAAUGAAUAUUUGUCUUCAAUAUUUCUUUUAACAUUUAUUUUUAUAUUUGUUGCUAAUUAAAUGCAUGAGUUAAAUGAUCUGAUGGUCCAUUGUAUUUGCUUGAUAUUUCUUGAGGGCAUAAAGUCUUCUUCGCUCACUGGAACAACCCAUUAACAAAGUAUGUAUAGAAUUAUAGAAUCCUAGAAUUGUUUGGUUGGAAAAGACCUUUGGGAUCACCAAGUCCAACGGUCCCUGUCCACUACUAAACCACCUCUGAGUAUUUCACCCGCCCAUCUUUUAAACCCCUCCAGGGAUGGGGACUCCACCACCUCCCUGGGCAGCCUCUGGCAGGGCCUGAGAACCCUUUCUGGUAAGAAAUGUUUCCUGAUGUCCAAUCUGAACCUGUCCUGGUGCAACUUGAAGCCAUUUCCUCUUGUCCCAUCACCU